AUGGAGGGCUCUGCCGAAUGUGAGAGCCCCAAACUGGAAACAGCCCGCUCCAGUGUAGGCAAGUGGCUUCAUGGUCUGACUGCCUCGUCAGGCCUCAUGCUCAUUGGCUCCUGGUCACACCUCAAGGAGCUGUCCCCACCUGAGGGCUGGGCCCUGCACUGGAAGUCAGAGACUGUGGACAAGCCCUGCCCACUGCUUUCAGCUUUGGAGCCCUUCUGGGUUGGACCCGAGGGCAUCCUGCAGAAUGGGGCUGUGGAUGACAGUGUGGCCAAGACCAGCCAGUUGUUGGCCGAGUUGAACUUCGAGGAGGAUGAAGAAGACACCUAUUACACGAAGGACCUCCCCAUACAUGCCUGCAGUUACUGUGGAAUACACGAUCCUGCUUGUGUAGUUUACUGUAACACCAGCAAGAAGUGGUUCUGUAACGGACGAGGAAAUACUUCUGGCAGCCACAUUGUAAAUCACCUCGUGAGGGCGAAAUGCAAAGAGGUGACUCUGCACAAGGACGGGCCCCUGGGGGAGACGGUCCUGGAGUGCUACAACUGUGGCUGUCGCAACGUCUUCCUCCUCGGCUUCAUUCCUGCCAAGGCCGACUCGGUUGUGGUGCUGCUUUGCAGGCAGCCCUGUGCCAGCCAGAGCAGCCUCAAAGACAUCAACUGGGACAGCUCGCAGUGGCAGCCCCUGAUCCAGGAUCGCUGCUUCCUGUCCUGGCUGGUGAAGAUCCCCUCUGAGCAGGAGCAGCUGAGAGCACGGCAGAUCACUGCUCAGCAGAUCAACAAGCUGGAGGAACUCUGGAAGGAAAAUCCCUCUGCCACCUUGGAGGAUCUGGAGAAGCCGGGGGUGGAUGAGGAGCCGCAGCACGUGCUCCUGCGGUACGAAGAUGCCUACCAGUACCAGAACAUAUUCGGCCCCCUGGUCAAGCUGGAGGCUGACUACGAUAAGAAACUGAAAGAGUCACAGACUCAAGAUAACAUCACGGUCAGGUGGGACCUGGGCCUUAACAAGAAGAGAAUCGCCUACUUCACUUUGCCCAAGACUGACUCUGACAUGCGGCUGAUGCAGGGGGAUGAGAUCUGCCUGCGCUACAAAGGGGACCUGGCGCCCCUGUGGAAAGGGAUCGGCCACGUCAUCAAGGUCCCCGACAAUUAUGGCGAUGAGAUUGCCAUUGAGCUGCGGAGCAGUGUGGGUGCACCUGUGGAGGUGACUCACAACUUCCAGGUGGAUUUCGUGUGGAAGUCGACCUCCUUUGACAGGAUGCAGAGCGCAUUGAAAACAUUCGCUGUGGAUGAGACCUCUGUGUCUGGCUACAUCUACCACAAAUUGCUUGGCCAUGAGGUAGAGGACGUCAUCAUCAAGUGCCAGCUGCCAAAGCGCUUCACAGCCCAAGGGCUGCCCGACCUUAACCACUCUCAGGUUUACGCCGUGAAGACUGUGCUGCAGAGACCACUGAGCCUGAUCCAGGGCCCGCCAGGCACGGGGAAGACUGUGACCUCAGCCACCAUCGUCUACCACCUGGCUCGUCAAGGCAACGGGCCUGUGCUGGUCUGUGCCCCGAGUAACAUAGCUGUGGAUCAGCUGACCGAGAAGAUCCACCAGACGGGGCUGAAAGUCGUGCGCCUCUGUGCCAAGAGUCGCGAGGCCAUUGAUUCCCCGGUGUCCUUCCUGGCCCUGCACAACCAGAUCAGGAACAUGGACAGCAUGCCGGAGUUGCAGAAGCUGCAGCAGCUGAAGGAUGAGACUGGGGAGCUGUCGUCUGCCGACGAGAAGCGCUACCGUGCCCUGAAGCGCACUGCUGAGAGGGAGCUGCUCAUGAACGCGGAUGUCAUCUGCUGCACAUGUGUGGGUGCUGGUGACCCAAGGCUGGCCAAGAUGCAGUUCCGCUCCAUUUUAAUCGACGAAAGCACCCAGGCCACUGAGCCAGAGUGCAUGGUUCCUGUGGUCCUCGGUGCCAAGCAGCUGAUCCUCGUGGGUGACCACUGCCAGCUGGGUCCGGUGGUGAUGUGCAAGAAGGCGGCCAAAGCUGGGCUCUCACAGUCACUCUUCGAGCGCCUGGUGGUGCUGGGCAUCCGGCCCAUCCGCCUGCAGGUUCAGUAUCGCAUGCACCCUGCACUGAGUGCCUUCCCGUCCAACAUCUUCUAUGAGGGCUCUCUCCAGAAUGGCGUCACCGCAGCGGAUCGUGUGAAGAAGGGGUUUGACUUCCAGUGGCCCCAGCCUGAUAAGCCAAUGUUCUUCUACGUGACCCAGGGCCAGGAGGAGAUUGCCAGCUCAGGCACCUCCUACCUGAACAGGACGGAAGCUGCAAAUGUGGAGAAGAUCACCACAAAGCUACUGAAGGCAGGUGCCAAGCCAGACCAGAUCGGCAUCAUCACGCCCUAUGAGGGUCAGCGCUCUUACCUCGUGCAGUACAUGCAGUUCAGUGGCUCCCUGCACACCAAGCUCUACCAGGAGGUGGAGAUCGCCAGCGUGGACGCCUUCCAGGGCCGCGAGAAGGACUUCAUCAUCCUCUCUUGCGUGCGGGCAAAUGAGCACCAAGGAAUCGGGUUUUUGAACGACCCCAGACGUCUCAAUGUGGCCCUGACCAGAGCAAGGUACGGUGUCAUCAUUGUGGGCAACCCAAAGGCUCUGUCAAAGCAGCCACUCUGGAACCACCUGCUGAACUACUAUAAGGAGCAGAAGGUGCUGGUGGAGGGGCCCCUAAACAACCUGCGUGAGAGCCUCAUGCAGUUCAGCAAGCCCAGGAAGCUCGUCAACACCAUCAACCCGGGAGCCCGCUUCAUGACAACAGCCAUGUAUGAUGCUCGGGAAGCCAUUAUCCCAGGAUCGGUCUAUGAUCGCAGCAGCCAGGGCCGGCCCUCGAACAUGUACUUCCAGACCCACGACCAGAUCGGCAUGAUCAGCGCCGGGCCCAGCCAUGUGGCCGCUAUGAACAUUCCCAUCCCCUUCAACCUGGUCAUGCCACCCAUGCCGCCACCCGGCUAUUUUGGACAAGCGAAUGGGCCUGCUGCGGGCCGGGGCACCCCUAAAGGCAAGACUGGUCGUGGGGGACGCCAGAAGAACCGCUUUGGGCUUCCUGGGCCAAGCCAGACCAACCUCCCCAACAGCCAGGCCAGCCAGGAUGUGGCGUCGCAGCCCUUCUCCCAGGGCGCCCUGACACAGGGCUACAUUUCCAUGAGCCAGCCCUCCCAGAUGAGCCAGCCCGGUCUCUCUCAGCCCGAGCUCUCCCAGGACAGUUACCUUGGUGAUGAGUUUAAAUCACAGAUUGAUGUGGCGCUGUCACAAGACUCCACAUACCAGGGAGAGCGGGCGUACCAGCAUGGCGGGGUGACGGGGCUGUCCCAGUACUAGAAGGUGGCAGCAGAAGAGCUAAGCUACCUGGCUUAGUCCAUCAGCAUCUUAUUCUGGGUAAUAAAAAAUAAAAAUAAAUGGAUACCUGUUUUCCACUGCUAAAACUGAAGCACCACUGUGUGAGCAACAGGAGAGGGAGAGGAGCGACCGAGGGAGAGAGGAGGAGCCAAGACGGCGAGCGCCCACUGCUGGCACGCGGCAGCGGCGGCGGCGAGAAGGAGAAGGGAGAGCGGGAGGUGGGGCCGGCCCCCUGGAGCCCCUGCCCAGCCCGCUGCCUGCGAGGAGGCCCAGCGCUCGCUGCGCCCAGCCUGCGCUGCCACCAGGGUGGAGGGAGGAAGACCCUCAUCUCAGAGUAGCCCUUUCCUCUGUUCUUUUGUUCUUUUUCUCUUUUAUUGAAAGGGGACUACAUUUUAGCAGGAAAAAACUUCGCCUUUCUGUGCCCAAGUAGGCUCCUUACAGGCGGCGGCCGGCCGUGCCGGGCAGAGCCCCGUGCCAGUGCAGGUUCUGUCCACGCCGAAACCGCCCAGGUCACGCUGCCUGUGUUCUACGAGGGUUUUCAUUUAAAGAAAAUGUUUUGGGUCCUGUUUGUCUUUUUAAACAUUCUGUCAAAGGAGUACUGAAAAAUAUACUUUCCUAAGUUUGUCUCUACAUCUUAGUGGUGGACCUGGAAGAUGCAAGAAGUUUCCAGAAACGAAGUUUAAGCAAGCCAGUGCAACUGGAGACUAGGAUCAACACCUGUGAUGCAAUCUCGAGGAAGAUUUUUGUUUUAAGUUUUAGCUUCCAGUGGCUUCACGCUGUAGGGCAUCAGGCCGGUGAGGGAGUGGCCCCACUGGGAUCAGAGUCUCCACGUUCUCCACUGGACUCUGAGAAGCAGAGCUGCUUUCUGUGCAGUGGACUUGGCGCCGGGUUCUGGCCACCCCAUGAGGAAGGUGCUCGUGGCCCCACUGGGAGGGGCCUCAGCCAGGACUGGCUGUGAGGCCAGGGGUCGGGGAGGGGCUGGCAGCUUCUCCCCCCAGGUGGAAUGCAGCAUCUGAGAGUGCCUGUCUCCCUCCCCAGGAGGCACCCACAGUCCCUGUGGCUGGUAGCCACUCUGAGUGCCCCACCCCCCACCCCCAAGCCCCUACCUUCCAGCAGAGCUUUACUAAUGUGGGGUGGUUGCUGCUUUUUGGGGGGAAGGGAACUAAUCCAGAAAUAAGUUGGCUCUGUGCUGAAGGGGCUUGAAAGAGAGUUUAUCAGUUGGUGGGGGGCAUCUGCCUGGGUCUGGGUUUUUAUUGGAGGAGUUGCUUUAGUAGGGAGAGCUGCCCCCAGCUCCUUGCAUACCACAGGUUGGGGUGUCAGCCUCCCUGGCAACCACAAAGUUGAGGACUGUUCUCUGCCUACCCGGGCCCUGGUGACCCCCCCAGCUUUUCCCUCCCCAUGCAGUUGUCACUGGCCCUUAUGCCAAAGUCUCCAGAUUUUGGCUUCUACAUGGGACAGGGAUGCACAGGCCACCUUCCUUCUGGUGAGGACUUAUUUAUUACCAUUGCUGUAGGCCUUUCAGUUCCCCCCUUUCUUUGGUAGGCCGCAUAGAGGCACAGGUGUGGGUGGGUGUCCGCCGUGAGCCCUCCUGCAGCACCCCCUGUCCGUGGGGCUGGGAUGCUUUGCUUCUGCCUCGUGCCCUUGCUUUGUUCUCUGCCUUCCCAGCAGCGCUGCUCUGCGCUUCACAGAUUGAGGAGCAUUCACACCAAGGCAAUGUAACUUCUGAUUUUUGGUCAAUUUGUUUUAAGCUUUUUUGUCACCAAUAAAAUAUUAAUAAACAGUUCUUGUGUUCAA